GCAAAAUGGGUCUGUACAUUCAGAUUUAUGCUUAAAACUUGCGUAUUAUUCCCGAAUAGAAGGGGUAAAUAAUGUUAGACCCCAUAUGGAGAGAGAUGCUUGCUUAACCUUAAUUAUUUCUCUCCCUAAAACAAAUUAAACUUCAAUGGUGCUCUUCGGUCUUCUCCUCCUACCAAUCCUUCUCCUCCUCCUCUACUUCAUCGUUCGGCCCCGGCCCAUUAACAUACCUAUUAAAAACCGACACGUUUUCAUAACAGGCGGUUCAAUGGGCAUCGGGCUAGCCAUAGCCAAACAAGCUGCAUCGGAGGGAGCGCGUAUUUCCCUCUUGGCUCGUUCCGUUGACCAGCUCCAAAAAGCAAAGGAAUCAAUCUGUCAAGCCUAUGAAGUCGAGGUCUCGAUCUUUAGUGCCGAUGUUCGUGACUACGAUGCCGUUGAGCGUGCGAUAAACGAGGCUGGCAGUAUCGAUGUUCUAGUAGUUAACCAUGGGGUGUAUUACCUUGAGGAGUUUGAGACCCAAGGACUAGAUGUGAUGAAGACGAUGAUAGACGUGAAUCUGAUGGGAAGCUUCAAUGUCAUCAAAGCAGCUUUGCCGUUGAUGAAGGAUAGAAAAGACAAGGAACCUGCCUCCAUUGCUCUUAUGUCUUCAAUGGCCGGCCAGGUGGGUACAUAUGGUUUUGCGGCUUAUUCAGCCACUAAAUUUGGGCUUAGAGGAUUAGCAGAAGCAUUGCAACAAGAAGUUUUGGAGAAUAACAUCCAUCUUUCUUUAAUUUCCCCUCCCGUGACUGAAACUCUGGGAUUUGAACAAGCAAGGAAAACAAUGCCGGAAAUCACCAAAAUUAUAUCGAGCACAUCUACGGAAAUGAAAGCCGAAGAAGUUGGGAAGAUAACAAUACAAGGCAUUAAAUCAGGAAGUUUUAUCAUCCCCUGCAAGCUUGAUGGGCGAGCACUGGCCAUAGCUACAGCUGGUUUAUCCCCUCAGAGAUGUUUCAUCAUGGCGUCCCUUGAAGUGGUUUUUGUCGGUCUGUUUCGGUUUGUAGCUCUGUUUUUGCAAUGGAAUUGGUAUGGGAUUAUAAAAAAAAAAAAAAGGAAAUUCAAGAAAAAACCAGUAACGGCAAGUUUGAUUCACUGAAAUAAAAUAGAGUUGUUAUGUAAUAUUAAUAUAAUAGAAUAUAGUUAUAAUAGAAUAAAGUUGUAAUCAAUAAUCAAUUGCUUGGUUGAAUGGAAUG